AAGGGGCGCCCCGUUCCCGCCGCCAUUUUCCGCUCGGCGGCGGCGCGGGUGGCGGCGCUAGGGUCGAUGGCAUCGAUCAGGGCCGAUAGAAGCGCUCAGCAGCGAUGAGGAGCCGCAGCGGAGCCCCUCGGGAUUCUCCACCGCGAGGCAUUGCUGCAGCUCUGAGGAGGAGUAACCAAGGCUCACCAGAGAUCUGACAGAAAUGGUUUUUGCCUGGAAUCUCCCUGGCUGUGAUAGAUCUGCAGAGGACAUCCAGCUCUAGGCCGCUGUGGCAUCCUGGAGAUGAGCACAUUUUGUCACAGUUUCUCAGCCAGCGGAAGGUGCUGAAGGAAUAACCUGGCUUUGGGCGUGCCUCAUGUGGGAGCCUCCUCUGCCCUGCAGCCAGAGGCUCCCGGGAGCCUGGCGUGACCCCAGAGUGAUUGUUGUUAUCCCUGCAGCAUGGCCAGCACGCAGCCCAGGAGCAGAAGCGAAAUGUUCCUUUUGCAAGCAGAGAGGUUUGUUUGUUAAUCUCCAUGAGAACCCCAAUGGAUGUGCCAAUGCCUCUCUGGCAGCUUGUGUGCCUCACCUUUCUGUCUGCAGCUGUUUGCAGCCUGCCUGAAGGAAUUUCACAGGGGCUUCCCUACAACCUCCAGAUGGACUCCCACAAUUUCCAGCACAUUUUGUCCUGGCAGGCAGAACAUGACCCAGCUGUGCCAGCGUCCUACAACGUGCUCUACAGAGGCCACAGGAGCCAGAACUGGAUGAGUGCUCAGCAGUGUUCAGGCAUCGCCCAGCUCUCCUGUGAGCUGACAGAGGAGCUCAGGGACAAAUCCUCUGAGUAUUCUGUGUUAGUUCAGAGCACUGGAGGAGCUCAGGUGCUCAGUUCUUCUGUGCUGCGUUUUGUGCCGUUCACUGAGACAAUUCUGGGACCACCAGAAGUGAAUGUCACUUCCUGUCCAAACUGCCUCAAUGUCACCAUCAAGCUGCCAGCCUCCCACUUCAGAGACAAGGGGAAGCUGCUGUCUUUAAUUGAUAUCUACGAAGAGCUGGAUUAUGAGAUCACCCUGAAAUCACAGGAUGGAGAGCAUAAGAGGCCACGGCAGAGCACCACUGAAGAGGUGUUCAGUGUUGUCAUCGAGGAGCUGUACCCCAGCAGGAAUUACUGCUUGUCCGUGGGGGUCACUGCAUCCCUGAACAAGAAUUCUGUCCCCUCCCCCUGGAAGUGUGUCACUACACACUCAGAGGCUCAGCAAGGGCAUCAUGAAGCUGCAGUGGCAGGUGCUGUCUGUGUUGCACUGAUCAUUUUUGCUGUCCUGAAGUGUGUGCAUGCAGCAGGUUUUAUUUUUCCGAAGUUUUCCCUUCCUCAGACCUUGGCGUUCAUCAGGAAGUUGGCCUACUCCCCGUGGGUGUCUGAGUCAGAAACAGUGGCCUCGGUGGAGAUCAUCCCCAGAGAGGUGAAAAGCAAGGCCAGGGGCCGCAGAGGCAGUGCCAGUGAUGACACUGACAGUGACAGCAGUGACAGUGACAGCAGCGCCCUGUGUGACCACGACUACACGAGGCGGGACAGGCUGGGCAGGGCCGCUGUCCCCCAGGGCUGUGACACCCCCAGCAGCCUGGGGCAGUACUCCGUGAGCAGCACCUGUGAGCACCGCAGCAGCCAGGCUGGGGACACGCCAGCUGCUGAGCCACAGGAGCCUCAGGGACACCCUGAAGGGGACAGGGACACGAGGAGCGAGCUGCUGAGCGCUCUGUCCGGGGGCAGCCGUGAGCCCCAGCGGGGCAGUGAGUGCUUCACCAUCAGCCUGCACUCGGUGCUGCUGGGAUCCCUGGAGCAGCACGGGCAGGGCUCUGCGGCCCGGCAGGACGCAGGGGACUGGCACUGCGCUCAUGCUCUGCAGCCAAAGCUGCUGGAGGACACGGCAGGUGGGCAGGGAGCGCCUUGUUCUAAUGACUUCCGGGAGUGGCAAAACUCCUCCUCUUCCUCUGAGGAAAGCGACUCUGUGGACUCAGACGCAGAGCAAGUAACAGGGUACAUGAGGAGGUGAAGGAGGGAGAUCUGCUUUGACUUUAUGGCAUAGGAACCAGUGUUGUCCAGCUCUUAUUUCUGGACUGAACGCACAGAUCUUGUCCUUUCAUUAACAUCCCGUGAGCGUGGGCUCCUACGGAAAGAGCUGGGGCUGUUUGUCUGGAGAAGGACCCAGAGAGACCUGAGAGCCCCUUCUGUGCCUAAAGGGGCUCCAAAGGAGGGGCUUUGGAUGAGGGAUGGAGUGACAGGACAGGAGAGAAUGGCUUCAAACUGACAGAGGGCAGUUUUGGAUUGGAAAUUGUUCCCUGUGAAGGUCGGGAGAGACAAUUUCCAAGGCCUGCAGGGACAGGAGCCAGGGACUGGCUCCCGCUGCCAGAGGGCAGGGCUGGAUGGGAUCUUGGCAAUGAGGAAUUGUUCCCUGGCAGGGUGGGCAGGGGCUGGGAUGGAAUUCCAUCUCUGGAUCCCUGGCAGUGCCCAAAGCCAGGCUGGACACUGGGGCUGGAGCAGCCUGGGGCAGGGGAAGGCUGCUCUCCUAACCAGACCACUUUUACAAUUUUUUAUUCUUUAUCUCUGUUACUGGAUUUCUGUGAAACCUCUUCUGCUGCCUGGAUGCUGUAUUUGUGCAGAGAGCACUGAUCAAGUGGAAUAAUGGGGGCAGAGACAGGAAUACUCAGCUGACAAAAGAGUGGAUCAAGGCAUUAAUACACUUCUUGACUUUAUUUUUGUAUAAUUUUGUACAAUUACCCAUUAAUAUUAAAAUAUUUUUAUGACA